AUGUCGGGGGCGAUCCUCUACCGCAACCAAGCCGCUACUGUUGUCCUGAUCGACGUCCCGCAAUCUAUCCGCGAUGCCCAACAAGUUCCUUACACGCUCCGAUCAUCUCCAGCUCUCAAUAGCCCCUACCCUAGCACCGAACCGAAGGGGUCGAAGCGAGAGGCUGUGCUCAACACAACAACCAUGGGCGAGCAGCACUACCAUGAAUCCGUACAAAGGGAGAUACACGCUGCAUUGAUCGAGAUCCGGACGCAGUUGCAUGGCCAGGGCGGGGUUUGGUGCCAUCCACGCCACGCUUUGACCUCACAUCAUGACUCGACGUCCCCAUCACCAGCCCAAACAAGCAUUCCAGAGUGGUCUGUGAGCACUGACUGGUUCUCCACGGGUGUACCUGUGGUCUUAUCCACCACAGAAAGACGCAACAAGUUUCGCGCUCUUGAUGAUCUGCAUGGUACCAUCGUCUACAACAUCCGGUCAGAAACCGCGAUAGUUGAAGUUGGUGGACUUGGUGACUUUAUUGUCCCUUCGGGGUCGUCGUUCAUUUUGGCAAGUCUCGAACGCGGGUUUCCCUCUUUCCUCUCCGCCCGCCACGCACUGUCACCCGAGAAGAAGAAUCUUGAACUCAUCCUGAUGGAUCCCCCCUGGCCCAAUCGCUCGGUCCGCAACUCUAAUGCGUACAGAACGUCGGAAGCUCAGGCUAAGGAUCCAUUUCUGCAAGCAGUGGGGAUUGCCCGGGAUUUCCUUGCCCCGGAAGGCCUACUUGCCAUCUGGAUCACUAACAAGUCUUCCAUACGCGCUAGGGUAUUGCAGACGAUGCAAACAACAGAUCUACAUCUCCACGAGGAAUGGAUAUGGAUCAAAAUAACUUCCCAAGGAGUUCCCGUCAGCCAACUUGACGGAGUCUGGCGGAGGCCGUACGAGAUCCUGCUGUUAUUUCGGAAGGGUCAACCUCUCCAAGACCCUGUGCGAAAAAUUGUUGCUAGUGUUCCAGACUUGCAUUCGCGAAAACCCUGUCUGAAGGUAUUGUUGGAAGAGCAGCUCCCGCCAAAGUACAGCGCCCUCGAAUUGUUUGCGAGGAAUCUGACAGCCGGGUGGUGGUCGUGGGGCGACGAGGUGUUGAAAUUCCAGCAUGAGAGCCAAUGGUACGAUUAUGGGCGAUCCGAAGAAGGAUGUUAA